AAUGUUGACCAUGUUAUGUUGUAUGUAGGGAUGGAAGCAAGUAUACAAGUCCACCCUUCAGUUUGUUCUAAAGGAGUAUUUUCCACAAAAAAGUGGCCAUCUUUUUACCAUUUCCUUCUUCGGUAUUUUUAAUUUCGGAUGUAAUUUCCGAUUGUUGGUUGGUGCGCCCCCGAUUUAAGAAGUUGGUGAUUACAUGGAUCUGGUGUAACUAUCUGAGCCCCAAUCGGAUUUUGAUAAUUCAUCAGCAGAAGCAGUGGCAGCCUCCCACCAUUACCACAUCACUCGAGGACGAUUCGAGAAACCCAUUGUGACGUGGCCUCAGAGCUUGGAGCGCGUUGGAUAAUAAACAAAUUGUGGAUUAUUAACUUUGCAGACGACACGCCCGCAUCCCACCAGGUUUUCCCGCCAUAAUUGUUGGUUUUUUGGAUAGUUCGUUGGUAGAUUUCGACCGCGAAAGUAAAGGAGGAAUACGUUUAUAUUUGUUAAACACUUCUACUCUGCAGGACAAUUCAACAGUGAAUACUUUUUUAAAAAGCUGUUUCAGAGUGAGACGUUAUUUCAACAGUACUCACUGCAAUUACAAAAAAGUAACAAUAAAUCGUAUACUCCGAACGUGGUGGAUUCUUAACAUACUUAACUUUCCUUUAUCAAGAGCAAGUAUUGUCAAACUAGCCGUUAGGAAUGUCAUAUCAUUUGGAAUAUCGAUCACAAACUGUUUGCACAAAACCACAUUAGUCAUGAAACACUUCCCAAUUAAUUUCAUUUUAACUUUUUUGUAACAAUCGCAUCAGUUUCCAAUAUUUGAGCAUUCUGGUCUUCGAACUCUACAGAAGAAGAGAGAGAGGGAGAAAGAGAGGGAAAAACCUCAUCGAUUGAAUAUUAAUUUGAUUCGAGAAGAAGAAAGAGGACGAAAAUCUAGCAAGCACGUGACGAUAUUUGUCCAUUGAUUUCUUGUACCGUCUGACACUCGACAAACAAAAAUGCCUGAGCCGGAAGAGGAGUAUUACGAAGAUGGCGACGAAUACGAAGAUGAUGAUGAGGAGGAGGAGGAAGAGGAGGAGGAUGAGGAUGAAGAUCAAGGAUCAAGGAAAGGCUCUGGGAAGUCGUCUGGGAGUGGUGGAGGCAAGAAGAAGAAAGAUGGCAUCACAAUGGGAGACAUGGAAGUCGUUUUCACUGAAGAAGUCAACAAGAAGUAUCUGUGUACGGUCUGCCAGCAGAUCCUUCGCUACCCGGUCCAGUUUGAGGAAUGCGGUCAUCGCUGUUGCUCUGCUUGUCUCCCUGAUCUUCUAAGAGUAUCCCCCAGAUGCCCAUUAGACCAGGCUCCUGUAGCGAGAGACAAGGUGUACGUGGAUACAGCAUUCGGGAACGAGAUAGGAGAUCUGAGUGUAAAAUGCCCGAACCACGACAAAGGCUGCCCAUGGACGGGGGUCGUCAAAGAAAACAAGGAACACUUUGCAAAGUGCCUGUACAUAGAGGUGGAGUGUCCCAACAUCUGCGGGGCCCACUUCGACAAGAGGUUCUUGGAGUCGCAUCUGGAGGAGGACUGCACCAAGCGUAUGGUCCAGUGCGAGUUCUGUCAGAAGAAGAUCUUCUUUAAAGACGAGAUUGCCCACAUGAAUGCCUGCCAGAACUUCCCAGUGCCAUGUCCCAACGGCUGCAAGCUCACAGAGAUACCCCGUGGAGAGGUCAAAGCCCACAUCGAUAAAGAUUGUCCAAAAUCGAAGAUUCCCUGUCCAUUUAGUGAAUUCGGAUGUACUUACAAGUGCGAGAGACAGAGGAUGCAGAAGCAUAUCACCGAUGAUCCAACUGAACAUCUUACGUUCGUUGGAAAUAUAAUGCUCAAGAACAAAGCACAACUACAAACACAUGACGACCUUCUUAUGCAACAUAAAGACUCUCUGGGAGUAUGCAUGCAGAAGGUUCGCGACCUUGAGAAGCUCUAUGGCUCUCAGCUCGUCUGGAAGAUAGACAAGUAUGCAGAGAGGAUGCAGGAAGCCAAGCAGGGCAAGAAGGUCACCAUCUUCAGUCCACCAUUCUUAACCAGUAGACAUGGGUAUAGGCUCUCGGUAUCCUGCUGUCUCAAUGGUGAUGGAAAAGCCAAGAGUCAUUUCAUGUCUAUCUUCGUGUGCAUCAACCGCGGCGAGUACGACGCCCUCCUACCCUGGCCGUUCUCCCAUCGGAUCACCUUCACGCUCAUCGACCAGUGCCAGGACCCGACGGCCCGAAGGAACAUCUCCUACAACAUCAAACCCAACCCCUGCAAGGAGAACAAAGCUUUCCUGGGACGCCCUCUGGGAGAGCGCAACGCCAGCUUCGGCACCCAGAAGUUCGUACCCCUCAACAUGAUCAAGACCCUGGAUUACAUCCGUGAUGAUACCAUGUUCAUCAAGGUUCAGGUCGACUAUGACAACAUGAUUCUACUCUGAGAUUCUGAAGUUUCGAAUAAUUUCCUUUAGAAGAGCUUAAGGCCUGCUUCGGCACCCACAUGUUCGUACCCCUCAAUAUCAUCAAGACCCUUCAUAACAUUCGUGAUGGUACCAUGUUUAUCACAGUUCAGGUCGACUAAGACAACACGAUUCUCCUCUGAAACUCUGUAGUUUCUGAAGUUUCCAAUAAUGUCCUCUAGGCCUGAGGUAAUGUCUUCUAGGUCCCUGUAUCGGGUGUUUUCGUGAAUCUACCGCGAAGAGCAAAGACGAUUGCAAAAACUUUGCAGAUAUCGACUGCAUGUCCCAUUCUGAUUUUGGCGUCUGGAUAUUAAGCAUUCAGAGAUAUAUCGCUUAUGUUUUUAUGAAUGACAUCAAUGCAAUGUUCACACAUUUCAAUAGGUGAUGGAUAAGGAGACUGAAUUACUUCCGGUUGAUUUUUUCGAAAGUUCUCGUCAAUCUACCAAGCUUCAUUUAAAUCCAAUUCACUGACUGAUAGUAGACUUCUAAAUAUUUCAAACUGUAUAGAAACGAUGACACUCGCGAUACACUACAUCGGAGUUUCGGGCCGUAUGGCCACUGAACAUCAUAUAAAUAAAGUUGGAUAAAGUUACGGAAAAAUUCCGAUCCAUGGACACGGGCUAGCUCUCCAAUUCUGAGCAUCAAUACCUAUUGAAUUGAUCCCGAAAACGUUAACUUGAUUAAUAACUUGAUAUAACUUUGCACGUUGUGCUAAACUGCAGUUUGUGAUUCUCUUCAUGUAAAUGAUGUCAUUAGCAGCGGUGGGGGGGGGGGGGGGGGGGGGUCGGUAUAAAAUGAAAUACCAAAAAGGGCCGCCAAUUGGGGUAAAGGUGUGGAAGGGGGUUCAAUCACCUUAUUUAUAUGUUGUCUUUUCUCUUUUCCACUUUCCCCCUCGUACCCUCCUUUUCUACCCUUGACGGGACACCUGUAUCUUUGCCCAUGUAUUUAAUACUUCUUUCACAGCAAUGUUUGUGAUGAGUUUUAUUCAAAUGGAAUAAUUUACAUUCGUCCUGAUAUUAUUUCAAGCCCUGUCAUCGUUUAAUGUUCAGAUUGGACAAGCUUUAAUGGUAACUAAUAAAGCGAAACAAAUGCAUAUGUACAUUGUAUGCAAUCACUUUGUUAAAAUACUUUGUCUUUCAACAAUUCAGGCUUUUCAUAGUAUAUAUGUAAAGUAAUGCAUGUAUAUUGCAGCAACAUCUAGAUGAAGUGAAAUUUUAUUCGUCAAAACACUACUUCUCUAUGCAAGAAAGUACAUACAUGUAUAUGGUCAAAUGAAGUGUUUCGCCAUAAUGAUAUUGAAAAGCCUCAUGGACUUAUACUAGAAGGCGGUUUUGUAUUUAAUUCUAUAUUAUUGAAUAUAACAAUAAUUAAUUUUAAAUAAUGUACAUGUAAAUGUCUGUAUGUGUAAAAAUGCACGACAUCAUCAUUUCAAAUAUAUUGGAUAUGCUCUUGUAAUGGCAAGGACGUAUAAAGGUGGUCGCAUGUUAAUGCACGGGGAAAAAUACACGAAAUUGAUAACGUCGAGAUGACACUGAAUCGUAACCAUGGUAACUUCAUUCAUUUUAAUUUUCCAAUAACACAUUAUUAAAACGGAUUUGUCCAUCACAUAAAGUAUAAAGGUUAAUGAACAUGGGUUUCAACAGCCACGUAAUAAAUGAUUAAACAAUCUAUAUACCAAUGUUAUAAAAUGAUUUAUUCUUGUAAAUAUUUUGGAUGAUUUUGAUUUAUAUGUAGAGUGUGCCAAGAAAAUGUAAAAUGUUUUAUAUCAUAAUUUUUGUAUACGCUUAAUCAUAAGGCAAGAUAUUCUGAUAUGAUUAAAAAGAUAAUUUGAUAUUGCAGGACUAAUUCGUUACAGCAGGUAUAAAUCAUUGACAUUCCUCAAACUUAAAAACUAAAUUAAUCACAAGCAAUACUGUAUAUAACAGAUUUGAUAACAUUUAAGCAUGCAGAGAAAUAUAUUACCUACAUUCUUUAAUAACCAAAUAAGACAUUUAUCCCAUUCUUAACAUAUGCUUAUGUCACAAAGCUUUCUCAUAUCCGCACAUAGAUAAAAAACUAUGGUGAAUAUCUAAAUGUUAUACGUAGUAAUCACAUUUUGUGUAAUCGUAAAACGACUUUUAUGUUUGAAAAAGAAGCGAAACAGACUAUUUUCUACUCUUAGCAAAAUCACUAUGCAGGUCAAACUUCUUAUUUCUACGUUUCAUAUUAAUAAAAUAUGAAUGUGGUCCGACUUGACAAGACAAUAAGCUAAUAAAAAUAUUCCCUUAUCAUUUUUCACAUAAUAGUCGCAUGUGUUCAUGGUGUUAUCUGAGUAUUGUUUCAGCCAGCUUGUAUGUAGCAUGUAACAUUCUUGUACAAACAAUUGCAUCCAUACUAUAUAUAUAAUAAAAAUAGAUAGCUAUCAUAUUUGAUGUGUAUUUUACUGUAAUAAAACGAUACAGAUGUAUGAAUUA